GAGAGAAACAACAACAAAAAAAAAGAGAAAAGGAAACCCGCUCCGGCCAGGCUGGGCGGACUCGCCUGCACCUCGCCGAGCGAAGCCGCCGCGCUGCGGGACGCCCCGCCGCCCCGGGGAGCGGCCGCCGCCGCCCCGACACCCGCCGGUCUGUGGGGAUCUCCCGUGGGGAGCGGCGGCCUCGGCGGAGCACCGGCCCGACUUCCUGGCUGUGCUUCAGUGGUGGGUGACUGCAUAUAGUCUUCUCUGCAUCGCGGUGAUAGUAGUAAUGUGAAGUUUAAUGAGCACCUGCAAAGUCGUGUAGCAGGGAAGGAACUGCCAUGCCCGUGGGAAUCUUCCGGGUGUGCCUAGUGGUGAUUACAGCUAUUGUCAACCACCCGCUCCUCUUCCCUAAAGAGAAUGGCACUGUUCCCGAGAACUCGGAAGAAAUCAUCCGGAAGAUGAAGGAGCGGGAGGAGAGCCUUCGGCUGGAGCAGUUGCGCUUGGAGCAGGAAAUUGCAGACCAGGAAGCCACACAGAAGAAUCUGGAAAAGGCUGCAGAGGUAGUGGAGGAAAGCAAAGAGGAAAAGGUCCGAUGGGAUACGUGGACUGCCCUUUCCAUGGUCAUCUUCCUACUGAUCGAGCUCUGGAGGCAGGAUUUCCAGGAAGGGAUUUGGCAGGACACAGGAGGAGAAGAAGAUGACAUGGCUGUCCUGGGGAAAGCAUUUAAAGGUGUGGCCUUCCCUGACAAGGCCGUCUUGGCCAGCUUCUACGAGAAGCGCAUCCUGGGUACCACCGGAGACAUGGCCAGGAUGCGGGAGAUGGUGGAAGGCUUUGCAGAUGACCUGCUGGAAGCCUUGAGGAGUGUUUGUAACCGGGAUGCUGACAUGGAAGUGGAGGACUGCAUGGGUGUGGGGAGCAUGUAUGAGAAUUGGAGAGUGCGUAAACCUUUUGUCUGUGAUCUGAUAGUGCCUUUUGCCCCCCCAGAGCCAUACUGUUUUCGGUCCCAGACCUGGUGCUCUGGCGACUCUUUUCCCCCAGAUGAACAAGGUUAUGGCACUAUCAAGGUAUGCAGGGCAGAUAAGGAUGUGGCAGGUUGCAUUUGUGACAAGACUAAACUAGGGGAAGAUAUGCUGUGCCUCCUCCAUAGCCAAGUCAAUACUACCAGGCCCAGCAGUGAGAUGGAAGACCUCCUGUGCUUCAAAAAUACUCAAUAUCUGGAUGCCGACCAAGUCAUGAAGUGGUUCCAGAUUGCGGUCACCAAGGCCUGGAACAGAAUCUCCCACAAGUAUGAGUUUGACCUCUCCUUCAGCCUCCUGGACUCCCCGGGAGCCCUGAAGAUAAAAUUUAGGUCAGGGAAAUCGAUUGCCUUCAACCUCACCCCUGUGGUGCAGUACGAGAACUCCGAUGUUUACUUCAUCUCUCAUUUCCCUCGGAGCGGCCUGGCAGCAGACCUCCCCUCCAGCACUCACUGGUUUCUCACCUUUGCAGUGUAUGAGAGGAGGUUCAUCCAGCUGGUCUCCAAAAUGCUGCCUGCUAAUGCCUGCCAUGUCAGCUGCCUUCAGAUCCUCUCCUUCCUCCAUGGGAAGCAGUGCAGCCUCACAGGUCCAAGCGGGCUCACCAACUACCACCUGAAGACAGUAAUGCUGCAUCUUCUGCAGGCACGUUCCAGUCAGGACUGGGCCCCAGAGAAGUUGGAGGCCCGUCUACAGGACAUGCUGAAAUUCCUGGAGAAAUGUUUGCAUGAGAAGAAGCUCUGCCACUUCUUCAUUGGCAAUGGGAAGGUACCAGCAGAGCUAGGCUUCCCCAUCAUAUUCCAGAGGGCUGAGCCUCUCAACCUUUUCCGUCCCUUUGUGCUACGCAGGGACGUUUACAGGAAGACAGUGGACACUUUCCACGAGAUGCUCAGGAACACAUCUGCACUGAUAAAUGAGUACACAGUGCACAUUCCCCUUGCACACACCAAUGGGAUCCAUAAGGAAUCUCUCUAACCAAAGCCAGCAGGAAAACACUUGUUCCUCUAAGCACAAGUCCAGAGGGCAGCUUUCUGAAGCCUCCUGAAGGCAACUGACUUUGCCAGUACAGCUUCUUGUCUGCAGCUGAACCGGUCCUGGGCCAUGGUUUCUGCAGUAAGGGAGAGGGGAUGGGGGGAGGAUAGGGUGAAACUGGAAGUCGUGGUAUAAAAGUUUCUGCUCCACUGGUGUGCUGGCUGGGUUUUAUGCAGCUAAGAAUAUAUUUUUCUAUUGUGCCUCAGUCAUGCUACAGGGGUGGUGAGCAAUAAAUAUGACUAAUUUAUUCAGAUGCCUGCAAUGCAAACGGUGGUGGUGGCCAAAUACUUCAUUUCCUUUGGAAGGAGGAGAUAAGAAAAGGGUGGAGGAAUCAGAGACAGGAUCUUGGGAUUGCAGGAGCCUGUCUGCUUGCAGACAGCAGGAGCUCUGCGACUGAUGGGAAGCGCAACAUAAGACUCGGUGCUGAAGUGAGGAGGGUCAUGCACAAGACCUGGACUGGAUGGAGAUCCUUAAAUCAACCACAGCUCUUUAAUCAAAAGGGAACUGUAGUCAUUAAAAAAAGCCUCCUUGAUAGGACUUGCAGCAGUAGUUUAAAUGGCUUGUCCUGUCCUUCAAAAACACCCCUGCACCCUGCACAUUUCUUCUCCCUGGGGAGGAUGUAGUAGAGCAGGCAGCAGGGUCUGUGUCUUCAGACCAUUUCAUUCGAGUCUUCCAUUUUCUUCAUGGUAACAUGGCUAGUGGGUUAUAUUCCUGGCCAUUUUCCAAGGAUAAAUGGACAGGAACCUUUUUUACCUUAGAUAAAAGAGAGAAACACUGUUACUGGGUUCUGGCAGUUUGGUUUAUUUGUUUGUUUUCCUUACCUCGGGCAGCAAGGCUGAGAACUGCCAGAGAAAAAGGACUGCUACAGGUUUUUCUUUAAUAAAAGAAGCAGUUCUCCAAAAUUAUCCUGUAAUGAAGCCAAUCUCAGCAGU